AUGUUUUUGACUACCAAGGUAACCAUGGAGUCUUACCCCUCCAAGAACUCUGACAUACCUCUGGACUGCAUCAUCCACCCAUUCUCAAGAGAAGACACUGUUAUGGCCAAUAUUUCUGAUCUUAUGCUGCCUGCUGACCCAAAGUGGGAAAUAUCUAGAACUCUGCUGACCCUCAGUAAUCCUCUGGGAGAAGGCUGCUUUGGCGAGGUGUUUAUGGCAGAGGCUAUUGGCAUUAACAUGGUCAGCACUGCUAAGUCUGUCACUGUGGCUGUGAAAAUGCUGAGAGAUGAUGUGAAUGACCAGGACUUGUUGGCUCUGGUGUCUGAGAUGGAGAUGAUGAAAAUUAUUGGCAAGCACAAGAACAUUAUCAACCUGCUGGGGGCCUGCACACAGGGCGAUAGGUGCGGGCCAUUGUAUGUGCUGAUGGAGUAUGCGGCCAAGGGCAACCUACGGGAGUUGCUGUGGGCACAAAGGCCCCCAGGCAUGGACUACUCUGACACCUCCAGACUGGCAGAAGAACAGCUUACCUGCAAAGAUCUAGUGUCCUAUGCCUAUCAGGUGGCCCGGGGCAUGGAGUCCCUGGCUUCUCAGAAGUGUAUUCACAGAGACUUGGCUGCCCAAAACUUGCUAGUGACAGAGGACAAUGUGAUGAAGAUGGCAGACUUUGGCCUUGACAUGCACAACCUGGAAUACUACAAGAAGACUACAAAUCUGAUCCUUUGGAGUCCUGCUCUGGGAGAUCUUUACACUGUGGGGCUUUUCAAGCUAUUGAAAGAAGGCUACCGAAUGGACAAGUCUGCCAACUGCACACAUGACCUGUGA